GGCGGGGCGCAGGCAGGGACCCUCCUCUCCCCUCUCCGUCUGCCGCCCGACGGGCCUUCGCGGCGGCGCGAGGAAGGGGUGUUGGGUCGCCAGGGCCCGCCUCCCAGCUGCCCCGACCGCCGGGGGGCCUGGCGGUGACGGCGGCGCCUGGCGGCGGGGAUUUGGCGCGGGCCGGGGGCCGGGGCCGGGACGCGGGGGCGCGGGGCUGGAUUCCUAGGGCCGCGGCGCUUCCCGGCAUGCUCCGCUGCAGGCCCGCGCCCGCGCCCGGACUUUGCCAUCGGCGGGGCAGUCGCGGGAUGCGCCCGGGAGCCGCAGCCUGAGCUUUAGCCCAUGAGGAGGAUGUGAGCGGGACUGAGUCAGGAGCCCUCUGGAAGCAUGGAGACCGUGGUGAUUGUUGCCAUAGGUGUGCUGGCCACCAUCUUUCUGGCGUCGUUUGCAGCCUUGGUGCUGGUUUGCAGGCAGCGCUACUGCCGGCCACGAGACCUGCUGCAGCGCUAUGAUUCUAAGCCCAUUGUGGACCUCAUUGGUGCCAUGGAGACCCAGUCUGAGCCCUCUGAGUUAGAACUGGACGAUGUCGUUAUCACCAACCCCCACAUUGAGGCCAUUCUGGAGAACGAAGACUGGAUCGAAGACGCUUCGGGUCUCAUGUCCCACUGCAUUGCCAUCUUGAAGAUUUGUCACACUCUGACAGAGAAGCUUGUUGCUAUGACAAUGGGCUCUGGGGCCAAGAUGAAGACUUCAGCCAGUGUCAGCGACAUCAUUGUGGUGGCCAAGCGGAUCAGCCCCAGGGUGGAUGAUGUUGUGAAGUCGAUGUACCCUCCGUUGGACCCCAAGCUCCUGGACGCACGGACGACUGCCCUGCUCCUGUCUGUCAGUCAUCUGGUGCUGGUGACAAGGAAUGCCUGCCAUCUGACAGGAGGCCUGGACUGGAUUGACCAGUCUCUGUCGGCUGCUGAGGAGCAUUUGGAAGUCCUUCGAGAAGCAGCUCUAGCUUCUGAGCCAGAUAAAGGCCUCCCAGGCCCCGAAGGCUUCCUGCAGGAGCAGUCUGCAAUUUAGUGCCUACAGGCCAGCAGUUAGCCAUGAAGACCCCUGCCGCCAUCCCUGGGUGGCUCAGCUUAGCCUUCUACUUUUUCCUGUAGAGUUAGUUGUUGUCCACGGCUGGAGAGUUCAGCUGUGUGUGCAUAGUAAAGCAGGAGAUCCCUGUCAGUUUAUGCCUCUUUUGUAGUUGCAAACUGUGGCUGGUGAGUGGCAGUCUAAUACUACAGUUAGGGGAGAUGCCAUUCACUCUCUGCAUAGAGGAGCAUUGAAAACUGGUGGACUGUCAGCUUUAUUUAGCUCACCUAGUGUUUUCAGGAAAAUUGAGCCACCGUUUAAGAAAUCAAGAGGUUUCACAUUAAAAUUAGAAUUUCUGGCCUCUCUCGAUCAGUCAGAAUGUGUGGCAGUUCUGAUCUGCAUUUUCAGAAGAGGACAAUCAAUUGAAACUAAGUAGGGAUUUCUUCUUUUGGCAAGACUUGUAUUCUCUCACCUGGUCUGUUUCAUUUAUUUGUAUUAUCUGCCUGGUCCCUGAGGCGUCUGAGUCCUCCCCCUUAGAGGUUUGGGUUUGAAGCUGAGGAACUACAAAGUUGAUUUCUUUUUUAUCUUUAUGCCUGCAAUUUUACCUAGCUACCACUAGGUGGAUAGUAAAUUUAUACUUACAUUUCCCUCAA